AUGGCUAAACCUUUUUUCGAAGAUGCUGGUUACAAGAGUUUGUUUACUAGGACUCCACUUGGCCGCGCUGAAGAGCCGGAAGAAGUUGCAUCACUAGUGGUCUUCUUGUGUCUACCUGCAGCUUCCUACAUUACUGGUCAGACCAUUUGUGUUGAUGGAGGCCUCACGGUUAAUGGUUUCUCCAAUCAGCCACAAGCUUGA